AUGCAGAGAGGCAUUCACUCUGGAAAACAUUUGCCUAGUCAGAAUGACACUGACUCUGACCUAAGUGACCGCGCGCGCUCCUCUCUCUGGAACCAGGAGCCACGCAUUCGCGAGGAGGCAAGAGCAUUGGAGCUACGCGUCCAGAAGGCUGCGUCAACCAAAUGCACGUUUGAGGAGGUGUCAGAGCUCCGUGACGACAUUCAGAACUGGCUACUCACUGAGCCCAAGUACAAACCUAAUGGAAAGCAGUUGCUGCAAAAGUCUCUCGCUUUGGUUAUAGUGUGGUUACGGGGGAUUAGGACUCCAGCAACCGCCGGAAUUGGUUUCCCCGCCCUCCGACUCUCUGCCGCUCUACUCAGGGCCAUUUUGCUCAACUCGCUCGCCUACACUGAAGCCAGCAAAACCUCCAAGAUUGUCGAAGAUGGAUUGCUCGACAAGAUCAAGGCUUUAGAAACUCAGCAAACCGUCCUUGAAGCUGAGACCCGCCGCCAAAAGCAACAGUAUAGCGAGAAAUCGCACGAGGCCGGCUUCUUCGCAGCCCACAUCGCCUACUUCUCCUCAGACCCCUUCGCCGCCCCUUCGAUAUACUACAUCGCCUGA